AUGUUGUCUUUAUUUUUAGCAUGCAUCCCAGUCCUUUUAUCCUUUCCUACGGUUUUGUUAUCAUCAGAUCUAUUAGUUGUACUACUGCCAUCAACAACAAGUAGGGACAACAUUUUAACUUUAUGGUUAAUAAAAUUCAUAUCCUUGCCUCUUUUUUUAACCUUUAUAACUUUGUUACUAUCUAGAUUAAUUUCAGGAAAUUUCAGAAAACAAAAAAUCAAUCCUCAGUUUUUCAUUAUCAUUUUUUUAACUUAUUCCUUCAAUGCAUUUUGUGGCCCAAUCCAGACUUCAAUUUAUACCAUAUUAUUAUUUUUCCAAUUAAUAUCUAUAAAAAACAUUUCUUUUUUAUGGAGUAUUCCUCAGCUUCUAAUAAGUGGUACAAUUUCAUAUUUAAAUGACAAUUACACUAAUGCUAUCAACAAUAGCCCGGAAAACAAUUCAAAUUUGCAGUAUCUAUACAAAACCGGUAUAAUAUCUUUCCUAUACAUUGUUCACUGGGGUUACUGUUCCUCCAAAAAUUUUCCAGCAUUGAAUAAGUUGAGACUGAAUAGUAAUACUAUGGGCAGUCACAAUCUCUCGAAAAAUAACGGCAAAAUUUGGUGGGUUUCAUUUAUUUUAUCUAUUAUAAUAACGGCUGUCUAUAUUUACUUUUUUAAACCCCAAUUUGAGUUGAAGUUAUCAAUGCUAUUUGUUUAUUUUGGAUCAUUAUUCAUUCUCAUACUUGGAUCACAGGAUUUGGCAUCAUAUUUUUUUCAGGGAAGCUCCACCAACGCUUCCCAGACAAUUGAAGAUUCCAAUGUCACUAGUAAUUACACCGUUAAUAAAUAUAAAGCUUGUUACAUUACCUUUGCUGUUGGAUUCAUGGCCAUGAAUUUACAGUUUUUAUCUUUUAAAAGUAUUUCCAAAACAUUUUAUGGUGAUAUUUUGGUUUUCGUUUUCAUUCUAUACAGCUCUUAUAUUUCACAAUUUUUUGAUUUAAAUUGGAAAAAAAGCGUAUCCUCCAAAAAUAGCAAUAAUAAUAACAACAACAAUAAGGAUGCUAAUGGUUACAACAUUAGUGGGGCUACUAACGACACUAGUUGCAAUAAAGAUGAGCAUGAGUCUCUUUACGACGAAAAUAAAAAUAUGUUUUUACAAUUGGCAAGAACACCAAAAACAAGAUCUAUUUUUUCAUUUUUAUUACUAAAUACAUCUUUUAUGUUCGUUCAAAUGUUAUACUCAUUCAGAUCAAAAUCUUUGGGAUUGUUAAGUGAUUCAUUACACAUGGCUUUAGAUUGUACCUCCUUGUUUUUAGGGCUAUGUGCUGGCGUUUUAAGUAAAAAGCCACCUAAUCAACAAUACCCGCUAGGAUUUAGGUAUUUAGAGACUUUAGCAGGAUUUACUAAUGGUGUAUUAUUAGUCGGGAUCGUAUCUGCAAUUUUGGUAGAAGCGGUUGAACGUAUUUUCAAUAGACCUGUCGAUAUCAGAGAUACAAAUGAAUUAUUGAUUGUUUCUAUAUUGGGGUUAUUUGUUAAUCUUGUUGGAUUAGUGGCAUUUGAUCACCACCAUGGUUCUGGGGAUAAUAUGAGAGGCAUUUUUUUACAUAUUUUGGCUGACACUUUAGGUUCUGUUGGUGUUGUUUUCUCCACUAUAUUAACCAAAAUUUUCAAAUUAUCUAUUUUUGACCCAAUCGCCAGUAUUAUGAUUGCUUUAUUAAUUUUAGUUAGUUCGAUUCCAUUAUUAAAAUCCACUACUUCCGUUUUACUAUUGAAAUUAGAUGAUAAAAAUCACAAUUUAGUUAAAGAAGCAUUAAAUACAAUUCAGACUACUCCAGGUAUUUGUGGUUAUACUACCCCUAGAUUUUGGGAAAAUACCAUAGAACAGCAAUCUGCACAUACUCAUUCACACGACCAUUCUCACAAUGAGUGUCAUGAAGAUGAACACAAGCAUGAGACUGAUUUUGUAAAUAGUCAUGCUCAUGAACAUAGCCAUGAAGAAACUCAUGAACAUAGCCAUGGAGAAACUCAUGAACAUAGCCAUGGAGAAACUCAUGAACAUAGCCAUGAAGAAACUCAUGAACAUAGCCAUGAAGAAACUCAUGAACAUAGCCAUGAAGAAACUCAUGAACAUAGCCAUGAAGAAACUCAUGAACAUAGCCAUGAAGAAACUCAUGAACAUAGCCAUCAACACUGUCCUGAUAAUAGUAUUGAACAUAAAGAUUUUGGUGCACACAACUGCUCUCAUGAAGCAUCGCAAACAUCCACAAAGAUGGAGAAUGAUGCUAAAUUAUGUGGGUACAUUCAUAUUCAAUGCUUAGAAAAUGAAAAUACUACCAUCAUAAGGAAGAGGGUAGAAAAAAUCUUUGAAGAGUGUAAAAUAGCUGCGUAUAUUCAAGUCGAAAAACAGUCAUCACCCUGUUGGUGUCGUAAAAAUUAG